CCUUCCCUGGUGGACAGAGCUGGGCGGCAGGGCCCCCGAGUGGUAGCUGUGACCCAGGCGGACGGGAAGGAAUCUGAGGACCUGCCAGUCCGUGUCCCAGGCCUGGCCGCCUGCCUGAUGCCAGCCCCAGCUGCCCUGCUGCCCAGGGGCCGGGAGGCUGCGUCCAGGCUGCGUGCUGCGGGCCAGACCAGCACUCCUGCCCCUGCCCGUGGGCCCUGGCGGCUGCGGGAUGCCUGGCAUGGCGAGGCUCUAUGGCCAGGAGGAGCCACAAGGGGAGGACAAGACAGAACCGGCAGAGCAGCCGGGAGGAGGCGGGCGCAGAGCAGGACACGGGACAGGGAGUUGGGCGAGGCAGGUGGCCCCUGCCCGGCGGCCCGAGGAAGGCUUCUGGGAGCACCGGCCUCCGCUGCGCUUUGCUGGGCUGUUUGCUUUGGUCGUGGACUGCUGCACACAGGUCUUAGACGAAUUUGUAUCUGAGAGUGUUAGUGCAGAGACUGUAGAGAAAUGGCUGAAGAGGAAAAACCACAAAGCAGAAGACGAGGCGGCUCCUAAGGAAGUCAGCAGGUACCAAGACACGAACAUGCAAGGCGUCGUGUACGAGCUGAACAGCUACAUCGAGCAGCGGCUGGACACGGGCGGGGACAACCAGCUGCUCCUGUACGAGCUGAGCGGCAUCAUCAAAAUAGCCACAAAAGCUGAUGGAUUUGCACUGUAUUUCCUUGGAGAGUGCAAUAAUAGCCUGUGCGUGUUCACCCCGCCCGGCGUCAAGGAGGGGCAGCCGCGGCUCGUGCCCGCGGGCCCCAUCGCACAGGGCACCACCGUGUCCGCCUACGUGGCCAAGUCCAGGAAGACACUGCUGGUGGACGACAUCCUCGGGGACGAACGGUUCCCCAGAGGCACCGGGCUGGAGUCCGGGACGCGCAUCCAGUCUGUGCUCUGCCUGCCCAUCGUCACGGCCAUCGGGGACCUGAUCGGCAUCCUGGAGCUGUACCGGCACUGGGGCAAGGAGGCCUUCUGCCUCAGCCACCAGGAGGUUGCGACGGCGAAUCUGGCCUGGGCCUCGGUGGCGAUCCACCAGGUGCAGGUGUGCAGAGGCCUUGCCAAGCAGACGGAACUGAAUGACUUUCUACUUGACGUCUCAAAAACGUAUUUUGAUAACAUAGUCGCAAUAGAUUCUCUACUUGAACACAUAAUGAUAUAUGCAAAAAACCUGGUGAACGCCGACCGCUGUGCCCUCUUCCAGGUCGACCACAAGAACAGGGAGCUCUACUCAGACCUCUUCGACAUCGGGGAGGAGAAGGAAGGCAAGCCCAUCUUCAAGAAGACCAAGGAGAUCAGGUUUUCCAUUGAGAAGGGAAUCGCCGGGCAGGUGGCGAGGACGGGGGAGGUGCUGAACAUCCCGGACGCCUACGCAGACCCCCGCUUCAACAGAGAGGUGGACCUGUACACGGGCUACACCACCAGAAACAUCCUGUGCAUGCCCAUCGUGAGCCGCGGCAGCGUCAUCGGCGUGGUGCAGAUGGUCAACAAGCUGAGCGGCAGCGCCUUCUCCAAGACGGACGAGAACAACUUCAAGAUGUUUGCCGUGUUCUGCGCCCUGGCCCUGCACUGCGCCAACAUGUACCACAGGAUCCGCCACUCGGAGUGCAUCUACCGGGUGACCAUGGAGAAGCUGUCCUACCACAGCAUCUGCACCUCCGAGGAGUGGCAGGGCCUCAUGCACUUCAGCCUGCCCGUGCGCCUCUGCAAGGAGAUCGAGCUGUUCCACUUCGACAUCGGCCCCUUUGAGAACAUGUGGCCCGGGAUCUUUGUCUACAUGAUCCACCGGUCGUGCGGCACGUCCUGCUUCGAGCUGGAGAAGCUGUGCCGGUUCAUCAUGUCAGUGAAGAAGAACUACCGGCGGGUCCCGUACCACAACUGGAAGCACGCGGUGACGGUGGCCCACUGCAUGUACGCCAUCCUGCAGAACAACCACGGGCUCUUCACCGACCUGGAGCGCAAGGGCCUGCUGAUCGCCUGCCUGUGCCACGACCUGGACCACCGCGGCUUCAGCAACAGCUACCUGCAGAAGUUCGACCACCCGCUGGCCGCGCUGUACUCCACCUCCACCAUGGAGCAGCACCACUUCUCCCAGACGGUGUCCAUCCUCCAGCUGGAAGGACACAACAUCUUCUCCACCCUGAGCUCCAGCGAGUACGAACAGGUGCUUGAGAUCAUCCGAAAAGCCAUCAUCGCCACGGACCUGGCGCUGUACUUCGGGAACAGGAAGCAGCUGGAGGAGAUGUACCAGGCCGGGUCGCUGAACCUCAACAACCAGUCACACAGAGACCGGGUCAUCGGCUUGAUGAUGACUGCCUGUGACCUCUGCUCUGUGACGAAGCUGUGGCCGGUCACCAAGCUGACGGCAAAUGACAUCUACGCGGAGUUCUGGGCUGAGGGCGACGAGAUGAAGAAGCUGGGGAUCCAGCCUAUUCCCAUGAUGGACCGAGACAAGCGGGAUGAAGUCCCCCAAGGCCAGCUGGGCUUCUACAACGCCGUGGCCAUCCCCUGCUACACCACGCUCACGCAGAUCUUCCCUCCGACGGAGCCCCUGCUGAAGGCCUGCAGGAACAACCUGAGCCAGUGGGAGAAGGUCAUCCGCGGGGAGGAGAGCGCGCUGUGGAUCUCGGCCGCGCCGGCCACCCCCUCCUCCUCCUCCGAGAAGCUGCCGGUGAAGAUCGAGGACUGAGCGCGACGCUGGUGCCGGCGCCGGCCCAGGACGCUCGUCCGCUCCUCUGCCCGCCCUUCUCUUUCCGUGGGGAAACCUACACCUGGCACCUGGGUGCGAGCCUCGCCAAGAAAGAAGCACCAGUGACUCCCGCAGCGACCCGCCCCGCCUCCGGCCCCGCCG